AUGGCGUCGACCUACCACUACCGGCCAUAUCCUCUCCCAUUGACUGCUGCACCCCCAGCGUUCGCAUCCCGCUGCCGCUUCCCGAUGGCCUCCACCGGCCCCCUCGCAGGAGUAUCUCAUGAUGCAGGGGUCACGGUGUCCACAUCGGAGAGUGUUGGUCAGAAUGACUUGCUGAUUGUCGGGCCUGGUGUGCUUGGUCGAAUCGUAGCUGAGAAAUGGCGACAGGAGCAUCCAGAUUGCAAAAUUUAUGGCCAGACUGCAACCACAGAUCAUCACAGUGACCUAACUAAAAUUGGGAUAAUUCCCUCCCUGAAGGGACCCAGAGUUGAUCAGAAAGUUCCAUACGUUAUUUUUUGUGCUCCUCCAUAUCGCACGGAUGAUUACCCUGGGGAUCUUAGAGUUGCUGCAUCAAACUGGAGUGGGGAAGGCUCUUUCCUGUUUACAUCAAGUACUGCCGUGUAUGACUGCAAUGACAAUGGAUUUUGUGGCGAGGAUUCUCCUUGUGUGCCGAUUGGUAGGAGUCCUCGGACUGACGUCCUUCUAAAAGCAGAAAAUGUCGUCCUCGAGGCAGGAGGCUGUGCCCUGAGGCUAGCAGGGCUUUAUAAAAAGGAUCAAGGUCCUCAUGUUUUCUGGUUGUCAAAAGGAACUGUAGAUGCACGACCGGAUCUCAUAAUCAGUAUGAUCCAUUAUGAAGAUGCUGCUUCGCUUGGAAUUGCCAUCAUGAAGAGGAGACUUCGCGGGCGUGUCUUUGUGGGCUGUGACAACCAACCUCUGUCCAGGCAAGAAAUAAUGGACCGUGUUAACAGGAGCGGGAAAUUUGAUGGCAAGUUUGAGGGCUUCACAGGUACAGAUGGUCCAUUGGGGAAGAGGAUGGAUAAUUCCAAAACUCGGGCUGAGAUCGGCUGGGAGCCCAAAUAUCCUAGUUUCACAGAAUUCCUUGGUCUCAGCAAUUGA